AUGGGGAGAGGUUCGUGCACCGCGCCGCACUUUCUGCACUCGGAGUGAAACGGCCGAACGACCGGGCCGGUUGGAAGAAAGAGACGAGCGAUACGGAAAGUUCAGCGCUGCGACGAACGGGAACCGUUGCGGAGAACAGCGGCUCUGUUUACCUUGCGAUCGCCAUGUUUACUCCGAAAGGGUUCGGCGAAUAUUUGCACCGAGGAAAACACAGAUUUAUCACUGGGCAAGCAGGGCAAGUGGGACACGAAGGAGGAGUACCUUCCCCGCGGCUCCCGUGAGAGAUUAAUGAUGAAAAGUGACGGAUUGCCGUUCCAACGAGCUGGUUACUCGUCGUCACGCGGAUGAACCGAUCGUAAGCCGUCCGGCUAACCUCUCAGAUAACGGGAGACGCGUGUCACGCGUGUUGCAGGCGGGAUGGCGCCUCGUAGGGAGGCGAGGCCUAACCUCAAUGCCGGUAGGUCCUCGAGGAGGGGCAACAAGGGCUGGCUGGAGAAUUACCUGGACUGGCGGCAGCUCGUCGCCUUCCUCACCGACCCGAGAAAGAUACCGUUAACGGCGAAGCUGUUUAUCUACCUGGAGAUCGUUCUGAACGUGCUGGUCAUCUAUGUCGUGCCGUACACCGAGAUCGACUGGCGAGCCUACAUGCAGGAAGUCGGGGGAUUCCUGAACGGCACGACGGACUACUCGAAACUGCGGGGCGACACCGGGCCGCUGGUUUACCCCGCCGGUUUCGUCUACGUUUUCUCCGGUCUUUACUACAUAACUUCGCGCGGGGCCAAUAUAAGGAUAGCGCAGUACUUCUUCGCGGCGUUGUACGUGAUCACGCUGACGCUGGUCUUCCGGAUUUAUGCGCGAACCAAGAAAGUGCCGCCCUACGUCAUCAUCUUGAUGUGCUGCACCUCCUACAGAAUACAUUCGAUAUUCGUUCUGAGGCUCUUCAACGAUCCGGUGGCGAUGGUGCUGCUGUACGCGUCUAUCAAUGCGUUCCUGGACAGCCGCUGGUACUUGGGUAGCGCUCUGUACAGCCUCGCCGUGUCCAUCAAGAUGAACAUCCUGUUGUUCGCACCGGCGCUUCUCGUCGCUUACCUGUGCACGCUGGGAACGCUCAAAACACUGCUACAUCUGUCUAUCUGCGCGUUAAUACAGCUGAUUCUUGGUCUUCCGUUCUUGCUGGAGAACCCUAUCGCUUAUAUAAAGGGCGCUUUUAACUUGGGUAGAGUCUUCGAGUUCAAGUGGACCGUGAACUGGAGGUUCCUCCCCGAGGAGGUAUUCGUUCAUUCUUACCUGCACGUUUCUCUGUUGCUCUUGCACAUGCUGACGCUGCUGUAUUGCGCGCCCGUUUGGAUCACCUACAUGAAAUCGUACGCGAAAUUGAAGUACGUGGGGAAGGAAUUGAAGCCUCAGCUUCGCAAGAAGGAGAAGGUGGACAUGUCUACCGUAAGUCAGCUGUUCGUCUAUCCCCUUUUCGUCGCGAAUUUCAUCGGCAUUAUGUUCAGCAGAUCAUUGCAUUAUCAGUUCUACAUAUGGUACUACCAUACGUUACCGUACAUCGCGUGGUGCACCGACUACAAGACCGUUCUUAAGCUGACCGUCUUGGGUGUGAUAGAACUAUGUUGGAACACGUAUCCGAGCACGGUGUUCAGCAGUGCGGCGUUGCAUCUGUGCCAUAUAAUUCUGCUAUACGGCGUCCUAAAAAAUAGAUCGAAAGAUAAGUGAAAGAGCGCACGUAUGUAUGACGCAUUUCUAUCUUUCAAUCGUGCAUUUCUAUCUCUCAAUCGUAUUCCUGUGUAUAAUCUAUGUAUUAAAUACAUAGAGUAACGUAUCUUUCUAUCCGACGUUACUUAACGUCCGUCUCCCAAUACAUAUGAGAUGUUUUUGUGCCCACCUCAUGUUUUACAUAGGACUGUUCAAGACUGUAUUUAGAAACACGCGAUUAUGUAUGUAAAAUAUACCUUUUGUAUAUAUGAACGGAAUAAAUUGUGGAGAAGCGUUA